CCACUGGUCUGUUUUCUAUAUGAAGGUGUCAUAGGUAUAAAAAACUGAGAUUUUGAACGACAUUACACUGUAUCCACAGUUGAUGAAUCGUUAUUUUUCUCCUGAAAUUUAACUCAACUUGAUUUUGUAAGAGCAGAUCCUAAUGACUUUUCUCAACCUCUUUACCACCGUUGUGUUGCUGGCUGAACAAGGGUUAUUAUUUGCCUUGAUAUUUCCGUGGAUAAAGCCUCACAAGUGGGCACAAUGGGUCGGAUUGUUUCGGAGAUUCAAAUACUCACACAACAUAACUUUCACUGUGUACUUCAGCUUUGCGUUGGUGUUUUUGAUUCUCAAUUUUGUAGCUCUUGAGCUUCACGAACUUCAAGUACAAGAAGCUAUGAAGCAAAGUUUCGAUGAAUUCCGAGGGAAUGUGUUUACUUGUCUAAGGAUUUGUAUAAUCAUUCACCGGCUCUUACACUUGAUUCUUGCAAACUACGACCUGCAAAAUUUAAGUAUUUCCCUGGAAAACCGGAUCCAGUUUCUACUUCGAGAAAAACUGUUGGUGAAACUUCAAGUAGCUAAAGAGGUGAUCCAUCACUUGGAACGACAGAAGGAAAGAGUUGACAAGAAAAGAUUGGAUGAGGAAUUUGGAUAA